AAAUCAAAUCAAAUCAGAUUAAUUAAAAUAAACUAGAAAAAAUUAUAAUUUAAUGAUUGUAAACACACACACCCUACAAGUAACGGGUAGUUGACGUGAACAGUUGCUGCGCACUCUUCAUUUUAUCCAUUGCUUUGCUCUCAUCAUCUCUUCUUCACUUCAGUGUUUGCUAUCUUGCUAGUGGAGUCGUUGGACCUUGAUGGGUCCCUUUACAAUUUCCGUUAUGGUUCAAGACUCUUCCAUUUCAUCACAAGAUACUAAGAGAAAACAUAAUUCACUUCUGAGAAAUUCAUUUGCAUCAGUUAGCAUGGGAGAGGUCCGAGAGGAAAAGCCCUUUGACUUCUUACGCACUCUAUUUGAGGGUGUUAUUGCGGGAGGUACAGCUGGAGUUGUUGUUGAAACAGCUUUAUACCCAAUCGACACUAUAAAAACACGUCUGCAGGCUGCUCGUGGAGGAGAAAAACUAAUAUUAAAAGGCCUUUAUUCUGGAUUGGCUGGGAACCUUGCUGGUGUCUUACCGGCGUCCGCUCUCUUUGUUGGAGUUUAUGAACCUAUAAAACAGAAAUUGCUGAGGAUAUUUCCUGAAAAUCUGAGUGCUUUUGCUCAUUUGACUGCAGGUGCCAUAGGGGGCAUUGCUGCUUCACUGAUUCGUGUUCCAACAGAGGUUGUUAAGCAACGAAUGCAAACUGGACAGUUUACCUCAGCUUCUGGUGCUGUUUGCUUUAUUGCUUCUAAGGAGGGUUUUAAAGGACUUUAUGCUGGGUAUGGAUCUUUUUUAUUGCGGGAUUUACCCUUUGAUGCUAUUCAGUUUUGCAUCUAUGAGCAGAUUCGAAUUGGUUAUAUGCUUGCGGCACGAAGAAAUCUGAAUGAUCCAGAAAAUGCACUUAUCGGUGCUUUUGCGGGUGCACUAACUGGAGCUAUAACUACCCCCCUUGAUGUCAUCAAGACAAGGUUAAUGGUUCAGGGAUCUGCAAACCAAUAUAAGGGAAUCGUAGAUUGUGUUCAAACCAUUAUUAAGGAAGAGGGACCUGGUGCCUUUUUGAAGGGUGCUGGGCCUAGAGUACUAUGGAUAGGAAUAGGUGGUUCAAUAUUUUUUGGCGUCCUUGAGGGUACAAAACGUUUUCUUGCUGAGAGGCGUCCUACCCAAGCUCAGUAUACAAACUCAGACAAACGUAAAGAUUAAGAGAUUUUGUCCCAGCUUGUGUUUUUUUCACUCUCCCCUUGGUGCCUUUUUCCAAAUGCAGUAUUUGAUUAUAUACAGUAAUAUCCCUUUACUACUUUAUUUUUCAAUUUUAAGCGUUGGGAGCAAGAUUUUGCUUAGAACGUGGGCUAUUACUUUGUUCAAGGUUGGUCAACUGCCAAAAUGAGGAUUUUCUGUGUUGAUUUUUGAGGAGCAUGACAUUGAUAUGAAUUGAAAUUAAGAUUCAAGGGAUCUUUGAUAAAUUAUAGUAAACAAAAAUGUCCCAUUUAUUCUCUCUCUGGGCAACUUAAAAAAUAUUCCAUCCCUCUGUGGACUGUGGUGUUACUUGCUGUAUUUGAUACUUAGUCCCUUGCCUGCUGCCCCCGGGCCGUGUACAAUUAGAUAUUCUUUGUUGCAAAUUUCACUGCCGGAGAAGGAAAAACAACG